AAUGACUGAUAGAAUGGAAGAGAUAUUUGAUUGUUAUCCUUAUGCAUCUGUUGUAGAAACAGAACAUAGAGAGUCGAGAUGUGACUUCUGUUUAAAACUUGGCUUUUCAGGAGAUCAAUCUCCAAGUUUCGAUGAGACCCUUUAUUCCGCCAAAGACUUGGACGAUAAAAACUUACCAAGGCCAACAAAACUUCAAAAGUGUAGCGGUUGCAAAUUGACUUUUUAUUGUAGUAAAAAGUGUCAAAAAGAUAGUUGGAAAGCUUAUCACAAAAUUGAAUGUCGUUGCUUAAGUCGUUCUGGCGAAAAUUAUAUUCCUCGUCCAGAGGCUAGACUAUUACUUAGGAUAAUAAUAAGAUCAAGAAACAAUGCUGAUUUACAACCAAAUUCAAUUCGCACCUUUAAUGAUCUUAUAUCUCAUAAAGAAAAUAUUGAAAAAGAUAUGAAAAGAAUGGAUGAAUUCAAAUUGAUAAUUGAUACUUUAAAAGUGUUCACUGAUUCAAUUUAUGAACUUCCAACUCCUGAAGAAUUACUAACUACUUUCGGAAAGAUGGUAAUUAAUACGUUUUCAAUCAUUGAAGAUGACAUUACCCUUGGAUCUGGACUUUACCUUGAUCCAUCAGGUAUGGAUCAUUCGUGUAAACCGUCGGCCCUCUGCUCAUUCGCCGGUGCUCGACUAAGAGUUUUUAAACUUGACGAAAGACCGUCGACUAUCUCUUAUAUAGACAUCCUUCAAUACUCAACCGAAAGGAUUGAACAAUUAGAAAAAGCCUACUAUUUUAAUUGUCAAUGCGAAUUAUGUUCGGAUGAACAACUUUUGAAUAGUGAAAGGGGUUUUAAAUGUCGAUCAAGUGAUUGCGACGGUUAUAUUGAGAGAAAAAAUAAAGAAUGUUCAAAAUGCGAUAGUCAAAUGGAUAAUAACGUAUUUCAAGAAUCUUUAACUAUUGAUGAAAAAGUUGGUAAAUUAAUCUGCGAAAAGUAUGAAAUUAAUAGGGAAGACGACUGUUCAAGAAUAUAUGAAAUAUGCGCAAACCUUUUGAACAGUGUUCGAAAAACCUAUUAUAAAUUGAAUAGAAGAUUGGCAGCAUUCCAUAGGUUGUACAUUGAUGUUUCGAUUGGUUGUGGGAAAUUUGAAGAAUUGUAUAAAAGUAACAUCUUUAAGGAGUUUAUUGAUUCAUUAAGACUAUUCUACGGUUCGCCUCAUUCAACUAUUGGUAUGAUAUUAUAUAAACAAGCUAAAAUUGAAGAAUAUUUAGGAGAAUUAAACAAGGCAAGGGAGCAUUAUUACGAAACUCUUGAUGAAUUUAUACCAUAUAAUAAUCAUUCAAAAUUCAUACUUGAAUUAAUGCUUAAAACGUCAAAUCUUGAAAUUGAAAUUGAAAGAUUAGGAAACAUUGAUUCGUGGACGAAAAGAGUAUUUCUCGUUCAAACAAAAAGAACAAAUAGAAAAAUAGAUAAAUCAUAAAAAAUUUACAGUAGUAAUGAAUGUUUUCUUCCUAUUGUCUAGUUCUUUUUCAUUGUUAAGUAGAGAUUUACUCUUGAGCAGUCAAUUUCUAGUUUAUUUUAUAGAUUCUGUACUAUAUU